CAGAGGGACGAGGACUUCGACACCUCAUACGAGGGGCUACUACACCUUUCUAGCAUGCUGGGCGAGGUACGUCCCCGCGGGACACCUGACCACAUUGUAGCCGCAUUACCCCACGGUCUUUACCGAGAAUGGGCCGCCCCCGGAGAGAGUGAGACGCGGUGUCCCAUUUGCCUGGACGAUUACCAGCCAGAAGACCCCGUGCUGAAGAUCUCCGACUGUUCGCACUGGUUCCACAAAGGGUGUAUUGAGGUGGGCUCACCUCUUCUGCGUGCACACAGUUCUACUGGCUGA